UGAACUUUCAUUAUUUGCAUCCAGCACCCGCACACAUCCACUUUUACUUUCAAGCUCCUCGGUUCAACAGGGCACUUUCUGUUCGUCAAGAUGCGCGACGCGCUCGUCGGUUUGUGCAUUGGGAUUAUACUGUUACUAAACAGCGGGUUUGUUGUAAUGAGGAGGCAGGACUCGUCUUCAGCUCUUGGCAGUAUUUUCCGUACGAGGUGCGCCGCCAGGUGCCUGAGCCUUCACACCACGCGCAUCGCUCUCUCUCCAAGACAUUUUCAGAGUAAUGGAUCCCUUGGAUGGUGUCAGAGCCAUAAACAGUGUGCAAAGUGCCUGGAGCCAUGCAAAGAUUCUUGGGAGUUGAAAGAUGGACCUUGUCGAGAUUUAUGUGAGCAUGCGUUUCCCAAGCGUCAUGGGGAGUGUGUGACGAGCUGUGAGUUCCUGCGAUCAGUGAUGGUGGUGAAACAGGGUGACUGUCCACCACCAGAAAGAGCUAGCGGGUUUGCAGCCGCUUGUGUGGAAGGAUGUGAAGAAGAUGGGGAGUGUUCAACCCAGAAGAAAUGCUGCCCAAACGGCUGUGGACACACAUGCCAGUCACCUAAGAACCUCUAUAGGGGUGCUCCUCUAAAGCCAAGGAAGGAGCUGGUCUUUGUGGAGCUGGAGUCGGGUUUGCUGGAAGUGCGCUGGUCCUCCAAGUUUAAUGUGUCAGCGGACCCAGUGCUGAACGUUCUGCAGAGGAGGUGGAACUAUGGCAUCCACCCCAGUGAAGAUGGAGCCACUGAUUGGCAAGUGGUGGCACGGACAUCAGAAGAGCGUGUGUGGUUGACAGACAUUCGACCCGGUCGCUGGUACCAGUUCAGAGUGGCAGCAGUCAAUGUUCAUGGAACAAGAGGAUAUACCACCCCCAGCAGACACUUCAGAUCCUCUAAAGAUCCUGCCCCUCCCACGGCUCCAUCUGAACUUCAUGUCAGCGACAUGACCUUUGGUGCAGAUCGCUCUGUGUCUGUCCGCCUCAGCUGGAGCAUGUCUGCAGAUUUAGACAUUCCUGUUAACCAUUACAAACUCUCCUGGAGCUGGUCUGACCACACAAUGCCACCCAAACUCAAAAGGAGACAGACUGCAAAUGGGGACUCUACCUAUGCUGAGCUGGAUGACUUGGGAGAGAACAGGAGUUACACUGUGGAGUUGCAGGCAGUUUCAUACUGGGGUCAGGUCCCCAUCAAGAGCCCCAAGGCCAUUCUUCAGUUUACUACAAGCCAAAGACAAUCUGUUUUGGAACCCACAGUCAGCACGGUCUUUAUAAAUGACCAGUCAGAUCUAUUAGACGUGGGCACUCCGUUCUAUCAAGAUGGACAGCUUCAGGUCCGGGUUUACUGGAAAAAGACAGAUCCCAUGGUGAAUCGUUACCGUGUGCAGUGGUCUCCAGAAUUCUGCAGUCACAAUGGAUCCAGAACCCAGGAGAAGCUCAUCACCCAGGAGAAUUUUGCUAGCCUUCCUGGUCUUCAGUUCUCUUGCAAGUAUAAGGUGAUUAUCCAGCCUGUCGGAACAAAGGGUCGAGCCCAGGCUGAAAGCACAAACUUCUACACCCCUUCCUGUGCUACCAUCCAGAGCAAGAGUCCCAAACCCAUCCCCUGCUCUACAGUCUCAGCAGUGGUUCUUCCAAAGGUCCUGGUCAGAGCGGAGAACCUGACGGCAGCGUUCUCAGUCUACAUGGGGAAUGUGACGGGCCUGUUCUCAUGGGUGGUGGCCAUGCCUCAACCACCACAACAGGUCACAGGUUAUCAAGUCACAUGGGCAGAGGUCAUCACAGAGAGCCGCAUAAAUAAUCUUCCCAACAGCCUCAUAUCUCAGUCUCAGAUCCUACCUCCAGAGCGUAAUAUCCUGGUAGUUUCUGGUCUUCAGUUGGCAUCUCUCUACAGGCUUGAGGUGCAGGUGAUCACUACGGGAGGACAAGGCCCAGCAACAUCCAGAACCUUCCAGACACCAGUUCACAGCAGGCCAGUCCUGCACUACAAACCAAGAAUUAAGAAACACCAUCUAAGGUCUGUGAUAGAACGGCACUGAAGACCACACUGCAAUGAAUCAUCCUGGACCAGAACUGACUCCUCAGGAACAUAGAGUGUCAGAAGAACCAAAGAAAAAUUAAUUGCAAAUCGUGAUUCAGCCUGAGCCAGUCAGCUGCCUCAUACAUUAACUCGCAAAGGGGACCUGAUGUAAUCAGAAGAUCAAAUUGUGAUUGACGUUAUGAUAUUUAAAGACCCAUAAAUUUCCUGUUGGGUGGGAUCAGCUUCCACAAACUAAUUAGUAUUGAAUUUGCAACAAAGACUUGGGCAUCAAAAGCAAAAGCCAUAGGAUAAAAACAUAAAGAAAAAGAAAAAGAUAAAGUGCAAAUACAAAAAAAAAAAAAAAAACAAACGAAGAAAAAAUUUUUUUUUGAAUUGCACAUUCCCUAAAAGAAAAGAAAAAGGUCUGGUUACACACCCUAGACUCUGAAAUGGACCCUAUAACCCUAAUACAAUAUUGCAUGUGAUGACUAAUUUGGUUUAACUUGUAAAUAAGCCUGACUCAAUACAACUGUUUGUGGUUUUGCAUGUGUUCGUUAAGCAUGGAAUUUAACUGUUUGUAUCCCCAUUGUGUCAAUAGGAACAAAUGAGGAAUCAAUGAAAAAUAUUCCUGCUCUAUAAAAGGGAAAAUGCCAUUUCAUUUUAUGAGGGAUUUGUGUGGUGUGUGCUCAAUAUGCUGUAGAGAUAUUUGUUUGCAGUCAUGUAAUUCCUGUAUAUACUGUAUUUUUUUUAUUUAUUUAUGUAUGCAAUACCAAUGUGUUAUGUGGAUUUGUUACUGUCUGUGUGAGUGCAUGAAUGUGUGCGUUUGUGCGGGUUCCCCCAUCAUCAUUCACAAACUGACAAACCCUUGCAAGGAGAUUUUGUAUAAAUAUAUUUGUAAAUUCCCAUGGAUAAUGAAUAUUAUGUACAUAUUUUAUAUGAAUAAAGAUGUUAAACCUUGUUUUCCCUUUA